AUGUAUCAAACAUACAUUUUAUUUCUUGUUCUGGGAGUCUCAAACGCUGCUUUGGGAAAUAUCACUGCACCAGCAGAUGACUUGACAAAGGAAGAAAUUUAUAACAUAAAUGUUGACACGUAUUGUCAAACAGAAUUGGUGAUAAAAGAAAAUCUUUUGGACGUUGAAAAUCCUGUUAAUCUUUACACAACUCUUCUUGCUGAUGACAUCAAAGAUAUUGACUGUGUCGAAGUGUUAAAGCAAUAUGUAGUGAGAGUUUACAAACGCUUGAGAAAGGAUUUAGAGUCUAAAGGAACCGAUGAAAAAGUUAUUAAUUGCUACCUAGCAAGGAUCAAAGAUUUGGGCUACGAUAAAAUGAGAUUCAGAUUCAACGCUUUGUAUGGAAUUGAAAUGGAGAAAGAAAAGAAAGACGGAUUAAGAAAGUCAAUUGAUAAAGAAAUUGGCGAUACCGUAGAAAAAUCUGCCGAUAUUUGUUGGCCAAUAAAUUCUUUAUAA